GAAGCGCGCUCUUUCAAAUUCGCCGUCUGAACGUCGAUGGACGCAGGCUACUUCCGGUGUAGCCAUGGCGGCUAACGCUACCACUAACCCGUCGCAGCUGCUGCCUCUAGAGCUUGUGGACAAAUGUAUAGGAUCAAGAAUUCACAUUGUGAUGAAGAGUGAUAAGGAAAUUGUUGGCACGCUUCUAGGAUUUGAUGACUUUGUCAAUAUGGUACUGGAAGAUGUCACUGAGUUUGAAAUAACACCAGAAGGAAGAAGGAUUACUAAAUUAGACCAGAUUUUGCUAAAUGGAAAUAAUAUAACAAUGCUGGUUCCUGGAGGAGAAGGACCUGAAGUAUGAAUGGAUUUCCUUGACUUACGCUAGAUUCUGUUUUGUCUUAUAAUGACAACACAAUGUAAAAUUUGUUUUAAACCUUUCAAUGUUUGGACUCUGUGAAGCUAAGUUUCCCGUUAAAGGGGAAUGCUUUGAAGAGACAUUGUAAAUGCCAUUUUUGUAAGUUAAUCAUGAUUAUCUUAGAGAAAAGAACAGUUUGUUCUUUGAAGACUAAAAUAAAGGUGUUUUUGGUUAAUUGUCAUUUUAUUUAUUAUAUUGCAAUAGCCAGUGCAACAAAGCUUGCAGUUGUUUUGUCAAUUGCUUUCUUGUCAUUUUAUGCCUGUUUGCUUCCUCAUUUACAUGACCAUUUGAUUCUCAAAAAUUAUUUUAAACAAAAUGACAGACUUUGAAUUUGGACAGGUACAUUUAAAAAGCCUGAAAUGAUUACUUACAUAAUUCAGUUCAAACUAUGAUGCUUUGAAAUGAGCGUUUUUCUCCUGAACUCAAACUCUGUUAACUCCUAUUAAAAACAAAUAAGCAAAAUACACGGGUAGUAAGUAUAUGCACAUUGUGGAAGUAUAGAUUAGUAAAACGGAAAAUAUACUUUGCUGUAUAUUCUCGUAGAUGUUCUCUGUACCCUCACAGUACACAUUUUUACAAAAACUUGUUCACCCUGAAUAUACUGUUUUGUAGCCUCCAUUUAUGACUUUUUUUGAAUUUAAAUGGCGAACAUCUUUCUAUGUCAGAUAUUUCAGCAACGUUAAUGUGUGCAUAGUAUUUCAGUUAAUGGAUUUAGCAUAACUUAGCCUAUUCUUAUUAUUGGCCAUAGUAGUUUAAAUCUUUAUACAUUUUCAUUUUUCUUAGAAUACAGAAAUGUGUAAGGUGAAAGGGUAUAGAUUGUCAUGUUGCCAACACAAAGUUUGUACCAACAUACACUUGUGCCAGCAGUUACCACCAUUACAGAGUACUUACUGCCAUUCGCUAUAUUCUGUCUUCUCUCCAUGCCACUGUGAUAGGCAAAAAUUUUCUGUAUCAUUUGUGAACUCAUUUUGUAUUUUGUGAAUUGCUUAUAUGACGUGUUUACCAUUGAGAUGCUUGUCUUGGUUUUUACUAAUUUGUAAGAAUUCUUAAUCGGUUACUCGUAGUCAUGUAUUUUGCAGGUAAAUCCCCCAGUUUGUAGUUUGCCUGUUAGGGGUACUUUUUUUUGACAUAAAUGAAAUAUUUUUAUGUAGUCAUAUGUUUGUCUUGUCCUUUAUGGUUUUUGUCUAUGGUACACAUGGAUUAUAAAGACCUUCUUUGCUCUGA